ACAAACCUUCGAAAUAGAAACCUAUUUAUAUGUACCACCCGUUCUAACCCACAUAUCUUCCAUUCCUUGUUCCUCGAUCAAACCUUCGUCAAUUUCAGGUACACAAAAAAACCCUAGAAAUUACCCCCAAUAUUUUAUUGCUUUCUAGUUUCCUGUGUUGUCUUCAAUAAUGGUUUCGGAUACAAGCUUCAAGAAACUAGAGUAUCUAUCACUUGUAUCAAAGAUAUGCACAGAACUCGAAUCUCAUUUAGGCUUUACCGAUAAAGUUUUAGCCGAAUUCAUCGCUGAAAUCGGCCGAAACUCUCAAACUUUCGAUGAUUUCGAUAGUAAGUUGAAACAAAACGGGGCCGAGCUCCCAGAUUACUUCCUUAGAACUUUGCUAACAAUAAUCCACGCUAUUUUGCCCCCUAAAUCGGUCAACGAGACGGUGAAACGAUCCGUUGAGCCUGAACUGUAUCGGGUAUACGAAGGGAGGGUGUCAAGAGUAAUGGACAGCGGUUGUUUUGUUCGGAUUGGUGAUAUUGAUGGUAAAGAGGGUGUAGUUCAUGUGUCACAGAUGUCUACAGGAAGAGUUUUGAAUGCAAAAGAUGCGGUUAAACUCGAUCAAAAGGUUUUCGUGAAGGUGAUUUCAGUUUCGGGUCAGAAAUUGUCUCUUUCGAUGAGAGAUGUUGAUCAGAACUCCGGUAAGGACUUGUUGUCGUUAAACAGAGCUGUUGAAUUAAAAUCUAAGACGGGAUUCUCGGGGAUGAAGUUCACUGAAGAAGAUGCGGUUUCUGGUUCUCGUAUGCGUUUGAAGAGAAUGAGUUCUCCAGAGCGAUGGGAGGCGAAUCAGUUAAUUGCUUCGGGGGUUUUAAGUGUGAAAGAUUAUCCAUUGUAUGAUGAAGAAAUUACUGACACGUUGGUUUAUCAAGAAGAAGACGGUGACAAGGAUCUUGAGGUUGAGUUAAAUGAGGACACACCCGUCUUUUUACAAGGACAUAGUCAUUAUUCAACGGAUAUGUCACCGGUGAAGGUUUUCAAAAACCCCGAGGGUUCAUUGAGCCGUGCAGCUGCACUGCAAUCAGCUCUUGUAAAAGAAAGAAGAGAAGUGAGAGACCAACAUCAAAGAUCAAUGCUCGAUUCCAUCCCAAAAGAUCUGAACCGUCCAUGGGAAGACCCAAUGCCCGAAUCAGGUGAGAGGCAUCUGGCACAGGAGCUAAUGGGAGUCGGGUUGUCUGCGUACGAUAUGCCUGAUUGGAAAAAGGAUUCUUUCGGUACAACAUUGACUUUUGGUCAAAGGUCAAAGCUUUCUCUCCAAGAACAAAGAGAAAGCUUGCCUAUACACAAAUUAAAGAAAGAAUUGAUCCAAGCUGUGAAUGAUAACCAGGUUUUGAUUGUCAUAGGCGAAACGGGCUCAGGUAAAACGACUCAGGUGACUCAGUAUCUAGCCGAAGUGGGCUACACCGUCAAGGGUAAAAUAGGGUGUACCCAGCCCCGAAGGGUGGCUGCACAAUCUGUAGCCAAGAGGGUGGCUGAAGAGUUUGGUUGUCGGUUAGGUGAGGAAGUUGGGUACUCGGUCCGGUUUGAGGAUUGUACCGGCCCAGAAACCGUGAUCAAGUACAUGACUGAGGGUAUGCUGUUAAUGGAAAUUCUUACCGAUGAGAAUCUGUCUCAGUAUUCGGUGAUUAUGCUUGACGAAGCUCAUGAGAGAACAAUGAAUACCGAUGUUCUCUUCGGGUUAUUAAAAGGUCUAGUGAAAAGAAGGCCCGAUUUGAAAUUAAUCGUCACUUCUGCCACAUUGGAUGCAGAGAAGUUCUCUGAGUAUUUCUUUAGCUGCAAGAUAUUCACAAUUCCAGGCAGAACGUUUCCGGUCGAGAUUCUUUACACCAAACAGCCCGAAAGUGAUUAUCUUGAUGCAGCUUUGAUUACUGUAAUGCAGAUCCAUUUGACAGAACCCGAGGGGGACAUACUUGUCUUUUUGACCGGUCAAGAAGAAAUCGAUCAUGCUUGCCAGUCUUUACACGAUAGGAUGAAGGGAUUAGGUAAAAACGUGCCUGAAUUGAUAAUUUUACCGGUUUACAGCGCACUUCCUAGCGAACAGCAAUCAAGAAUUUUCGAACCUGCACCAAUAGGGAAGAGGAAGGUGGUUGUUGCAACUAAUAUUGCCGAAGCUUCUUUAACAAUCGAUGGGAUAUUUUACGUAAUUGAUCCUGGUUUCGCUAAACAAAACGUGUAUAACCCAAAGCAGGGUCUCGAUUCGCUAGUUAUAACGCCGAUAUCACAGGCAUCAGCUAAGCAACGAGCCGGUCGGGCUGGUCGUACCGGGCCUGGAAGGUGUUACAGAUUAUACACCGAAAGCGCUUUCAAUAACGAAAUGUCACCGACCCCGGUUCCAGAGAUUCAGAGGGUGAAUCUUGGGUUAAUUACGUUGAAUUUGAAAGCUAUGGGGAUGAAUGAUUUAUUUUCUUUCGAUUUCAUGGACCCACCGUCAUCUCAAGCUCUUGUAUCCGCUAUGGCGCAGCUAUACACUCUUGGCGCUCUUGACGAAGAAGGGCUUUUAACUAAAUUAGGUAGGAAAAUGGCGGAAUUCCCACUCGAACCGCCUUUAUCGAAGAUGUUAUUAGCUAGUGUUGACUUGGGUUGUAGCGAUGAAAUUGUGACGAUUAUUGCUAUGAUUACGACUGGGAAUAUCUUUUAUCGGCCGAGGGAAAAACAAGCGCAAGCGGAUCAAAAGAAGGCUAAGUUUUUUCAACCUGAAGGAGAUCAUUUGACUUUGCUUACUGUUUAUGAGGCUUGGAAAGCUAAGAGUUUUUCGGGCCCCUGGUGUUUCGAGAAUUUUGUUCAGGCCCGAUCACUGCGGAGGGCCCAAGAUGUUAGAAAGCAGCUUUUAUCUAUCAUGGACAGGUACAAACUGGAUGUCGUGCGUGCUGGAAAUAACUAUACAAAGAUACAAAAGGCAAUAACGGCGGGCUUUUUCUUCAACGCUGCACGAAAGGACCCACGAGAAGGAUACCGUACAAUAGUCGAGAACCAGCCGGUUUACAUACACCCAGGUAGUGCCUUAUUCCAAAGGCAGCCCGAUUGGGUCAUCUACCACGAGCUAGUGAUGACGACAAAAGAAUACAUGCGUGAGGUUGCUGUUGUAGAUCCAAAAUGGCUAGUUGAACUGGCACCGCGGUUCUUUAAGGUGUCUGACCCAACUAACAUUAGCAAGCGGAAGCGACAAGAACGGAUUGAGCCGCUUUAUGAUAGGUACAAUGAACCCAAUUCAUGGCGGUUAAGCAAAAGACAGGCUUGAUCAGGGGGAUGAAGUUCUUACGAAAUACGCGUAUGGAUGUUGGGAUUUAGAAUACUAGUAUAAAUGCAGAAUAUACGUACAGAAUACAAGUAUGAAUGCAGAAAUGUGCAUACAGGUAUGCACAAUUUAUAACAUGCAACAUAACUAAGAAUUUCUCAGGUGGAAUACACAGCAGGAAACUUGUAUAUUUCAAAAUUAAAAAACAAAAAAAAAGGUUAUUGUA